CCUCUGUUUCUAGAACGCCUUUUUUUUUUUUUUUGAAGUCUGAAGGGAAUUUGCCGGAUGCUUCUCUCCUAUAUUACUGCAUAGGAGAGUGGUCUUUUCUCCUCCUAUAUAUAGAGAAAGAAAGCUGGAAACCUGCAAACACCAGUACCGCUAAAACAAAUAAAGAAACAUGGAAUCAAACGUUGUUCAGCUUGGAAGCUCUCUUAUUGUGCCAUGCGUCCAGGAAUUGGCCAAGGUAAACCCGGCAGCCAUCCCACCAAGAUAUAUCCGUCCUGAUCAAGACCAGCCCACGAUCAUUCCCAGCUGUGCUUCGGUUAAUGAGAUCCCGGUUGUUGAUAUGCGGAGGUUACUAGAUCAAGAAUCAAUGGACUCUGAACUGGCCAAGCUCCAUCUUGCUUGCAGAGACUGGGGUUUCUUUCAGUUGGUAAACCAUGAAGUGAGCGCUUCGUUGUUGGAGAAAGUAAAGACUGAUGUCCAGGACUUCUUUAACCUGCCAAUGGAAGAGAAGAAACUCUUUUGGCAGUUUCCAGGAGAAGUAGAGGGCUUCGGACAAGCAUUUGUCUUGUCCGAGGAGCAAAAGCUUGACUGGGGUGACCUUUUCUUCAUGAUCACCCAGCCAGUUCAUGUAAGGAAACCCCACUUGUUUCCAAAGCUUCCUCUUCCUUUCAGAGACACCGUGGAGGCAUUUUCAUUGGAAUUGAAAAACCUAGGCAUUACAAUCCUCGGAAAGAUGGCUAAAGCACUAAAGAUAGAGGCAGAGGAAGUAGAAGAGCUCUUUGGAAACGGGCUUCAGUCGAUGAGGAUGAAUUAUUACCCUCCAUGUCCUCAACCUGAUAAGGUUAUUGGCCUUACUCCUCAUUCUGAUGCUGUAGGUCUCACUAUACUCCUGCAAGUCAACGAAGUGGAAGGUCUCCAGGUAAAGAAGGAUGGGAAAUGGGUUCCUGUCAAACCCCUCCGAAAUGCCUUCAUUUUAAACGUUGGAGAUAUUCUGGAGAUCAUAACGAAUGGAACAUACCGUAGCAUUGAGCAUCGGGCAACAGUGAAUUCUGAGAAAGAAAGGCUCUCAAUUGCAACAUUUUUGUCUCCAAACUAUGAUGGCGUAAUUGGACCAGCAUCCGGUUUAGUCACUGAACAGACUCCAGCAAUGUUUAAGAGUAUAACAACUAAAGAGUAUCUCAACGGCCUCUUUGCUCGUGAGCUUCAUGAAAAAUCAUACCUUGAUGCUAUGAGAAUAUGAGUGGGGAUAAUUGAUAGCAGGGAAUUUGGGUGCAUGGUCUGGGAAUUGUCAAGAUAUUUUAGUAUUAAGCGACAUAUGAUAUUGCUUUAUUAAUGAAAGGGUGUCUUUAUCAGGUGA